UCUCUGCGUGCUGCAGCAAACCAUGCAAAAAUGGAUCUGACUACAUUGUCGUUCAUCGUAAUUGUGCUAUUCUUUUCCUUGAUGUCGAUGCUGUUUAUCAGCCGCUUCCUUCCGAAGGGUAAAUCGUUCGAAGAGAUGCUUAAGGAGAAGCGUGAAAUGCGUGAAAAGAUUCUUGGUCUAACGUCACCGACACCGCCAACAAAAUCUAGCAAAGAGUCGGCAAACAAGCGUACCAAGAAGUCUCAUUCCGGUGGUAAUGCAAAUCAAAAUCAGAAAAAUCGCGGUGCUAAGCAACAACAGCAGCAGCAGCAGCAGCACCAGCGAGUCGAAGUGGUAGAGCCGGAAAGUGAUGGCCAUUCGUCCGAGAGUCCGCUCGAGGAGGAAAUCAAUCCAUUGACGUAUGGUUCGAAAAAGCGUACCGGACAGGCUACCAAUCUGACUGUGGAAUAUGCUGAAACUGAAGCAUUUCCUUUGAGCGAAAAUGCUGUUGGAAAUAAGAAAAAAGAUAACAAGCAGCAGCAGGGUGGUAAGAAAAAUAAGCAGAAAUCAGCCGGAGGUAUUCUGGUGAACAAAUCGGAACCAGUUCUGGUGAAGCCAGUUGAAACCGUACCGGAAAUGAACCAUUUUGCUGAAAUUCAUCCGAAAGACGCACUGGAAAUUGCACGCCAACAGAAACAUGAGGAAGAUACCAAGACUGGCAAGAAUCAGGCACCAAAAGAGCAGCGCCAGCAAAAUAAAAACAAAAAAGAUCAUCAAUCCAAGUUGUCCCCUAAGAACAAUAUCCCAGCUAAUACUGCUGAACAGCAGCAGCACCAGCAGCAACAGCAACAUCAUUCCGCCGCACCACACGUUGCUGCUGAACUGAAAAAGCAGACUAACGACAAAUCGAACGCCGCCGCCUCGGCCCAGAAGGACAAAUCGAACAAGAGGAAGAAAAAUGAGCUAAUCACCCAAGAGCUGGCCGUUGAGAUGGCGGAUGCGGCCAACGUUCACUCGCUGGUUAACAUCCUCAAUAAGGCGGAUCUGCCAAGAAAUGAUAUACAAAUUCUGAUCGACUUUCUGCUAAACAAACAGCAGGACACGCUGGCCAAGGAUCCAUCCGAGUGGAACGAUCCGUCCGAUCCGUUGCAAAAGCUCAAGAAGCAGCUGCAGGAAAAGGAAACCGCACUGCUCGAGGAGCAAAAGGCUGCCGCCGGGCUGCACGCCAAGCUAAAGGAGCUGCGCCAGGAGCUCAAUGGUGAAAAAAUGCAAGCCGGUGCCGUGCUGAAGGGAUACGUGGAGGAGCUGAACAACAAGAAGCAGGAGGUACACCAUCUGACACAGGAGCUGGGCUCGAUCAAGGACAAGCUGGCCAACGACAAGCAGGCAAUGUCGAUACAGUUUCAGCAGCUACAGGCGAAGUACAUACAGCUGUCGAAGGAGCACGCCUCGAUGCAAGAUCAUGGCGCAACGAUUGGUCAGCUGAACAACGAUCUGCAGCUACUGCAGCAGGAGCUGAUGGCCAAGAAUCAGCUGUUGAAUGAAAAGCUACAGUCGGAAGAGGAAAUGAUGAAGAAAAAGACUGAGUAUGAAAUUUUGUUACACAACAAUGAUGAGCUCAUGAGACAGCGUGUACAGGAACUAACUGCCUACGAGAACGAUUUGCGUCAGCUGCGGCUGGAGCUGAGCCAGAAAGAUGAACUGACCCAGACCUGCCAACAGCAGAGCUACGAAAUCGAGCAGCUAAAGGCUGAACUGCAGGCAAAACAAAAGCAGGCAGUGGCGGCUGCUUCGGCUGCGGCAGCCGCGGCCCACGCCACCAGUCAGGCGGAUGAAAGUAAUCGCGUAGAGAUGCGCAACCUCCAGAAUGCCUUAGACUCGACGAAAGCGAAACUCGAGGUGUACCGGAACGAGCUGGUCGAGUGCAAGAGCCUGAUGACGGAAUACAAACAGCAGACGAACGAGCUGCAGGCGAAGGAGGAACAGUUGCAGAAGCAGCUCGAGGAGCAACGACAAAAGAAUGAUAAUUUACGAACUAAAAACUGGAAGUUGGUGGAGGCAUUGCAAGAUGCCGAACGCCGACGAGGACAGACGACGACAGCGGCGGCAGCAGCCGGAGGGGAAGCGGCGGGGACAACAAAUUCCGAGAAAGUUGAACAGCAACAAAAGCUGAACAGCAGUAGCGCCGAGAAGGUAGUGGACGUCGGCAAGGUGGUGCUGGAGGAGCAGAACCGAAUGAAGGACCUGCUGGUGAAGCUGCUGCAGCCGACCGGUGUUGUGUCGGCGCUGCCCGUCGAUGCGACCGACUUCCAGAGCUGGCUCGAGGCGACGGUCGGCUGCAUUAAGGAGCAGUACGAGCACCUGCAGCGAACGGCUCACCCCACCAAUAAUAGCAUCCCCACAAACAGCAGUAGUACGAACAGCCACCCAGAGCAAAGCUCUGGCACUGCCAACAGCAACAACAACAACAACAGUGACAGCAGUAGGCUUAACAGUAGCAGCAAUAUAAUCGCUAAUAAUAAUCUUAAUACCACUAACAACGUUAAUAGUAGUUUACACGAAAAUAGCAACGACGGUGGUGAUGCCGUCGUGAUUACGAACAAGAAUGGUGCGAGCGGCGACAGCGGAUCGAUCGAGGACGAUCAGCAAUCGUUAGCACUGCGAUGCGAGCAGCUGCAGCAAACCGUAGAUCAGUAUAAGUUCAUCAUAGCCGAUACGGAAAACAUGCUGAAAAACCUCGAAGCGAAGGUGAUCGAGCAGGACAUCCACUGGCGUACGGUUGUGCAAGCGAAGGAUAAGGAACUCACCCUGCUCAAAUCUGCCGGUGCCGUUGGACAGUAG